UGCCACCUAUUAGUGCCCAUCAAUGCCACCUGUCAGUGUCACAUCAAUGCCACAUAUCAGUGCCUACAAGUGCACAUCAAUGCCACAUAUCAGUGCCCAUCUGAGCUGCCUUUCAGUGCCACCUAUCAGUGCCAGUCAGUGCCGCCUAUCAGUGCUGCCAAUCAGUUCCGCCUAUCAGUGCCGCAUAUCAGUGUCACCUAUCAGUGCCAGUCAGUGUCACCUAUCAGUGUGCAUCAGUGCCGCCUAACAGUGCCAGUCAUCAGUGCCACCUAUCUGUGCCAUAUAUGAGUGUUGCCUUUCAGUGCCCAUCAGUGAUGCCU